ACAGCUCUCUGGCUUCCCUGAGGAUGAGCGAACUUCAGCUCUGGGGAAGAUGCGUGCAGGGAAUCCUCACUUCUGCCUUCCUUCUCCUGGGCUGCUGGGGACUCUCUGAUUUCCAGCAGCAAUUUCUCCAGGCUUUGAAACCAGAGGAAGUGACUUCUUACUUUGGUCCUGACACUACUGUAAAAGUGCCCCGAUUUGAUGUGGCCCCACUCACCUGUGUCUGCGAGGAUGGGCUCAGGGGUCCACGCUGCAGGGACCCUCGCUGCUCCCUGCGCGCCCUGGGACAGCUCUUUACCUUCUCCUUCGGGCCCGAGCUGGGCAUCCUCGCUGCCUCCUUCAUCAGCGAGCGCAUGGUGAACGCCUCCUUCCAGCUGCUGAGGGGGCCACCCCACCACUGCUUCACGGGAGGCCGCGCCCUGCUGCCCCCCGGCACAGUGGCCAGGGCCACCUACUGCUCGGGUCACUUGGAGGGCGACAUCCUGGUGGGUGCAGACAGGCUUUACGUCCAGCCGGUGAGGAGGCAGCACCGGCAGCUGGUGCCUCACUGGGGCGGUGCCCAGCCCCACCUGAUCCACAGGCUCGCCCCUAUGGCCCCCAUGGUCCCAGGGGUCAUCCAAGGCCGUCCUCCUUCCCCUCGCCUCCAGAGACGGGCUGCUGGGAGCAUCCUGCACCUGGAGCUGCUGGUGGCCGUGGGCCCCGACGUCUACCAGGCUCACCAGGAUGACACGGAGCGCUACGUGCUCACCAACCUCAACAUGGGGUCAGAACUGCUGAGGGACCCAUCCCUGGGGGCUCAGUUCCGAGUGCACCUGGUGAAGAUGGUCAUCCUGACGCGGCCCGAGGAUGCUCCAGAUAUCACAGCCAACAUCACCUCGUCACUGCGGAGCGUCUGUGAGUGGAGCAGGACGGUCAACCCCCAGGACGACACGGAUCCCAGGCAUGCCGACCUGGUUCUCUACAUCACCAGGUUUGACCUGGAGUUGCCUGAUGGCAACCGGCAGGUGCGGGGGGUCACCCAGCUGGGGGGUGCCUGCUCCUCCUCUUGGAGCUGCCUCAUCACUGAGGAUACCGGCUUCGACCUGGGGGUCACCAUCGCCCAUGAGAUUGGGCACAGCUUCGGCCUGGAGCACGACGGCGCGCCCGGCAGCGACUGCGGGCCCAGCGGCCACGUGAUGGCGGCCGACGGCGCCGCACCCGCCCGCGGGGGCCUCGCGUGGUCCGCCUGCAGUCGCAGGCAGCUGCUGCAUCUGCUCAGCGCAGGACGGGCCCGCUGCGUGUGGGACCCACCGGGGCUGCAGCCCCGGUCCUCGGGGCACCCUCCCGAGGGGCACCCCGGCCUCUACUACGGCGCUGACGAACAGUGCCGCGUCACCUUCGGCCCCACAGCGGUCGCCUGCACCUUCACCAGGGAGCACCUCGACAUGUGCCAGGCUCUCUCCUGCCACACAGACCCCCUGGACCAAAGCAGCUGCAGCCGCCUCCUCAUUCCUCUCCUGGAUGGGACAGAGUGUGGCGUGGACAAGUGGUGCUCCAAGGGUCACUGCCGCUCGCUCGCGGAGCUGAGUCCUGUGGGGGCCGUGCACGGGCACUGGUCUGGCUGGGGUCUCCCCAGCCCUUGCUCCCGCUCCUGUGGAGGAGGUGUAGUCACCAGGAGGCGACAGUGUAACAACCCCAGACCUGCCUUUGGUGGGCGUGCCUGCGUCGGUGCUGACCUCCAGGCGGAGAUGUGCAACACUCAGGCCUGCAAGAAGACCCAGCUGGAGUUCAUGUCAGAGCAGUGCGCUGAGACCAACGGGAAGCCGCUGUCCCUCUCCCCGGGCGGCACGUCCUUCUACCGCUGGGACGCCGCUGCACGGUACAGCCAAGGGGAUGCUCUGUGCAGACACAUGUGCCGGGCUGUUGGCGAGAGCUUCAUUGUGAGGCGUGGGGACAGUUUCCUGGAUGGGACCCGAUGUGUGCCAAGCGGCUGGCAGGAGGACGGGACCCUGAGCCUGUGUGUGUCGGGCCACUGCAGGACGUUCGGCUGUGAUGGCAGGAUGGACUCCCAGCAGGUGCGAGACGUGUGCCAGGUGUGUGGAGGGGACAACAGCACGUGCAGCCGACAGAGUGGCUCCUUCACGGCCGGGAGAGCCAGAGAGUACGUCACCUUCCUGACAGUUACCCCCAACCUGACCAGUAUAUACGUCGCCAAUCAGAGGCCUCUCUUCACGCACUUGGCAGUGAGGAUCCGAGGGCGCUACGUCGUGGCCGGGAAUUCGAGCAUCUCUCCCAGCACCACCUACCCCUCCCUCCUGGAGGACAGCCGUGUCGAGUACAAAGUGACCCUCACUGAGGACCGGCUGCCCCGCCGGGAGGAGAUCCGCAUCCGGGGACCCACCCAGGAAGACAUGGAGAUCCAGGUUUACAGGCGCUACGGUGAGGAGUAUGGCGAACUCACCCGCCCAGACAUCACCUUCUCCUACUUCCAGCCUAAGCAGCGGCAGGCCUGGGCAUGGGCCGCCGUGCGGGGGGCCUGCUCGGUGAGCUGUGGGGCAGGGCUGCGCUGGGUGACCUACGGCUGUCUGGACCAGGCCAGGAACGAGUGGGUGGAGCCUGCCCACUGCGGAGGGAGCCGGCAGCCAGCGGCAUGGCAGGAAUCCUGUGCCCCCAAGCCCUGCCCCCCGUACUGGGCAGCUGGAGACUUUGGCCCCUGCAGCGCCUCCUGUGGGGGAGGUCUGCGGGAGCGGGCAGUGCGCUGCGUGGAGGCCCAGGGCGGCCUCCUGAGGACAUUGCCCCUGGCCCAGUGCAGAGCGCUAGCCCUGCAGCCAGAGCUGGUGGAAACCUGUAACUCCCAGCCCUGCCCUCCCAGGUGGGAGGAGUCCAACGCGUGCUCAUCGUCCUGUGGAGCAGAACGGGCUGCACAGAACAUGACAUGCGUGCCGGGGGCAGAUGGCCUGGAGGUGCCAGCGACUGCUGGGCCCUGCUCCCCGGAUGAGAAGCUACCUACCCUCAAGCCCUGUGUGGCCAUGGCCUGUCCUCCCACCUGGGGCCAUCUGGACCCUCAGGCUCCAGGAGAGGAGGCUGCAUCCCCAUCAGGCAGUGCCAGGCUGGAGGCUCACAUUGCACACGUGUGGAUGCCCCUGGCGGGAACUUGCUCCGUCUCCUGUGGUCGAGGCCUGAGGGAGCUGCAUUUUGUGUGCAUGGACAGUGCCAUCAGGACACCCGUCCGGGAAGAGCUUUGUGACCUGGCAAGCAAGCCUGGGAGCCGGCAGGAGGUGUGCCAGGCUGUCCCAUGCCCGGCUCGGUGGGAGACCCGAGCCUUGGCACCGUGCCCAGUGACCUGUGGAGGGGGGCAGGUGCUGCUGGCUGUUCGCUGUGUGAGGCCGGACCGUGGCCACUUAGUCCCCCUGCCUCAUUCCAAGUGCUGGCCAGUGCCCCGGCCCAGCCCCUUCAAGGACUGCAGCCCGGAGCCCUGCCCUGCCAGGUGGCGGUACAAGCUGGCGGCCUGCAGCGUGAGCUGUGGGGGAGGGGUUGUGCGGAGGAUCCCGUAUUGUGCCCGGGCCCAGGGGGAGGACAAGGAUGAGGAGAUCCUGCCAGACGCCCAGUGCCAGGGGCUGCCUCGCCCUGAGCAGCAGGAGGCCUGCAGCCCGGAGCCCUGCCCACCCAGGUGGAAAGUCAUGUCCCUGGGCCCAUGCUCAGCUAGCUGUGGUCUUGGCACUGCCACACGCUCCGUGGCCUGUGUGCAGCGGGACCAAGGCCGGGACGUGGAGGUGGAUGGGGCAGCCUGUGCAGCUCUGGUGCAGCCACAGGCCAGCAUCCCCUGUGUCACUGCCGACUGCUCCUACCGGUGGCAUGUCAGCCCCUGGAUGCAGUGCUCCGUCUCCUGUGGGGAUGGCAUACAGCGCCGGCACGACGCCUGCCUUGGACCCCAGGCCCAGGUGCCCGUGCCAGCUGACUUCUGCCAGCACUUGCCCAAGCCAGCGACGGUGCGGGGCUGCUGGGCCGGGCCCUGUGAAAGGCAGGGGACGCCCAGCCCGGUGCCCCACGAGGAAGCCACUGCUCCAGGCCAGACCACGCCUGCCACUGCGGAUGCUUCCCCAGAGCAGCCCCAGCGCCAGACGCCCCUCUCCUCCCCAGGUUCCUGGCUCCCACCCAGGCCCCAGGAAAGCCCGGUGGAGUCCAGUGCCUGUGGCCGGCAGCACCUUGAGCCAACAGGAACCAUUGACAUGCGAGGCCCAGGGCGGGUGGACUGUGCAGUGGCCAUUGGGCGGCCCCUGGGUGAGGUGGUGACCCUCCAAGUCCUCGAGAGUUCCCUCAACUGCAGCACCGGGGAGAUGCUGCUGCUCUGGGGGCGGCUCACAUGGAGGAAGAUGUGCAGGAAGCUGUCCGGCAUGACCUUCAGCUCCAAAGCCAACACGCUCGUGGUGAGGCAGAGGCGCGUGCGGCCGGGAGGUGGCGUGGUACUGCGGUAUUCCAGCCGGCCUGCCCCAGAAACCUUCCACAGAGAUUGUGACACGCAGCUCUUUGGACCCUGGGGUGAAAUCGUGAGCCCGUUGAUGAGUCCAGAUGGGAGGAAUGUGGGGGGCUGCCGUGUCUUCAUCGACGUGGCUCCACGGGCCCGGAUCGCAAUCCAUGCCCUAGUCACCAACAGGGCCACCGGAACCGAGGGAACCGAUGCCAGCUACAUCUUGAUCCGGGACAUCCACAGCCUGAGGACGACGACAUUCCGUGGGCAGCAGGCGCUCUACUGGGAGUCAGAGGGCAGCCGGGCUGAGAUGGAGUUUAGCCAGGGCUUCCUGGAGGCACAGGCCAACCUGCGGGGCCAGUACUGGACCCUCCGAUCUAGAGCCCAGGAGCGCGGCAGGACCCUGCCCUAGCUUCCUCUCCAAGCACAUCCCUCAGUUGACCCGUGGGUGCAGUGGGAUGCCUCUUCCCCGUCCGGGAAGGGAAAGGAAGAACUCGACAUUUAUAAGCACCUGUUGGGGGCUUGGCCAGCCCUGGAGGGUUGUCUCUGAGUGCUUUCCAAUUUGAAUUCCCUCCAAUCUUGAGUAUCUCUUUUAGGGUCUCCUCCGAUGGGCAAAAGACUGGGUGGUGGAAGGGGGCAGUCUCUGGAAAGGCAGCCCCCAGCCCCUCGGGUACCA